AUGAUUAAAAAAAAUGGAAUACCAAUACUUGAAUGGGUUGAAGAUAAGUAAGAUUAAGAAUUAGAAUACUUAAUAUGUUAUUUAAAUGAAGCAAAUAAAUAUGAUGAUGUCCGAAUUUUUAAUAGAAACAAAUUAAGAUUAAAUGAAUUUGCCAAAUUAAAGUAUGAAGAAAUAAUAUGA